UUGACAACCAGCAUUUCAAACAAACGCAGCGGAAUACUGUAUUCACUUUCGCACGUACGAAUUCUAUUUAAUAAAAAUAAGUCGGUUCCCAAAAAUAUGUAAAGGAUAUAUUUAUUCAUGUUACGUUUUCUUUUUUACUUCUUAGACGGUUAUGGUGUUUGGCGAUGAAACACCUGUUGCCCUGAUGACAACCCGAAUUGAUUCCUGUUGAUAGUAUAGUGCACUAGCUAGGAUGCAUAGUCCGAUAUUAACAUGCUCUACGUAGUGCACUUAUGUAGGCAGUAAGAAGCUGUUUGAGAUUCCGCAGCAGCAUUUACAUUCUGAAUUUAGGCUUUUUGCAUACCGUGACAGACGUUUUUCACGAAGCGCUGUAUGUUAGAUUUCUGCCAAAAGAAAACAAAAAUUAGAAUAUUAAUAUUAAUAAUGACAAAGUUAAAAAGGGGAGGGGGUGAAGAAAGAAAAAUGCUUCCUCAGAGAGUGUAAUACAGGGCUGUAAAACGCAGCGCUGUGAGGAAACCAUGGCUGUGGCCAAUCCAGCAGACUUCCUCCGGAAAGCUGAAGAUCUGAGAAAGUUGGUUGAUAAACAUGACAAAGAAAGGGCGGUGUGUAAGCACAGGAGGAGGAAUGGCCUCAGAGACUGCUUCUGGGAAUUAGAUGAGUUGGAGAACAAGCUGAACAAGGAACUUAAGGCUGAAAUUCUGACAGUGCAGCAACACCUACAAAAAAUCAGAAAUGGUGUUUACAGAUUCCAGGGGCAGCUGAUGGAUGUGAAGCCGUCUCCCAAUUUGAUAGAAAAACUGAAAGACAUCAUGAGUGAGAUUGAAAACUCUAUCAACACUUUCAAAGAACAACAACAUGGACGUUUUGAGGAGCUCUUGCAGGAGGAAAGGACUUGUUGGCAAGAGAUAUGUGCCUUUGAAAGGAAGAUUGACUCUUGGUCGUUGGCUGUGAAGAAGGACAUUGAGCUUUCCAUAGUUCAGAAAACCAAACAUGGGAUGGCCACAAAAAAGAGACAGGCGUUUCCUCUCGAGGUGAUUGCUCUGGAAACAUUCCUGCAGAAGACAGGAGGCAAACUGGGCGGCUGGGACCAAUAUGACCAUCAGAGCUUCCUGAAAGUAUGGACCAAGCACCGUGGAAAGCCCUCCUAUAGGUCUGAGGUUCAACUUUACUUACCAGGCAAAACGGAGGAGGAUAUAAGAUUGCAUGAGGACUGGUAUCGAGAAAUGUGCCGUCUCCAGGAAAAGAAGAAGGAGGCUAUUCAGAAAUGGAGGUCAGAAAGACAGAGAGAACGAGAAGCUCGUGUGCAGCAUGAACACCAGGAUGUAGAGGCUGAGAGGAAGGCGCAAGAAGUUGCUCUACGGGAAGCCCAGCGUCUCAAACAGGAAGAGGAGCGCAGGGAGGCGGCACUCCGUCUGGAGGCAUGGAGAAAGCAGCGGCGGCAGCAGCAGGAGCAGGAGGAGAAGCAGAAACUCCAAGAAGAGGUGCUGCGGAGCAAAAUACUAAAAGAGGAGAGGCGGCGGCAGCAGGAGGUCAAGCUCGCUGUGGAGGCCCGUAUCAGGCAGAGGAAAGAAGAGGAGGAGCUGAGAAUGCUGGAGAAGGAAGCACAGGAGCGAGCGGAGGUGGAGGAGAGGAGGAGACUCGCUGCUGAAGGCAUCAAACAUUUUCAAGAGAGGGAUCUACACAAGUUAGAGGCAAAACUGCAGGGAAAGCAGGCUAAAGAGCAGGAGGAGCUGGAACGACUGAAGAAGCAGGCUAAACUAAAAGAGGUUGAAAGUCACAUGAGACGAGAUCCUUCAAGACUCUACAAACCAACCAAAGGAUGGGAAGAACGCACCAAAGAGGUUGGGCCAACAGGAGGUGGACCUGUCUCUCACAUGUUUCACAGGGCAGUACCGACAUGGAGACAAGUCCUUUAAACCAAGACUCAGAUUUUCAGACAUGGAAGGCAUCCAGAUAUGUACAAGAAUGGAAUGAACUUUUUCUGUUUGUGUAAAUUGAUUCUGAUUUUGAUAAAGGAAAAAUAAUGUCCAUGUUAUUUGUUUUAAAUGCCAUUUACUUUAGAGGUUUGUUUUUUAACAUAGUUAAUUCCUAGUGUAUCUCAAAAUAUUGGAAUAUCAUGAAGUUCAUUUUUUUCAUCGUGUAAUUCAAAAAGAUAAACGUUCAUAUGUUCUAUAUCCAUUACACGUAAAGUGAAAUAUUUCAGGGCUUUUUGUUUUAAUUUUGAUGAUUUAUGGUUUAGAUCUCAUGAAACUGGAUUUCUGAGUAUCUUAAAAUAUGAGAAUAUUUCAUUUCGAGUUUGAGUACACACAGCCACAAUCAUUGGGAAGACUGCUGACUUGACAG